AUGUUUCAUCCACGGUUAUUCUCGGAUGUAGAAGAUAAUGAUGAACUUAAUGAUCUCAUGUGGUUCACAUGCUUUUUUGGAUGCAUCACAAAUCCUCUUCAUGUUCAUGUAAGUUAUUUUUUAACUAUUUGUUCUAGACUUGUUGUACGUUAGGCAUAACAUCCAUUAAGUCUUCUCUUAUCCUUACACUACUCGUAAGCUAGCCUUACUCCAUUCUUCUCUUAGCAUUACAACCUUUCUUACUCAUGUCCUUUCUUACAAUGUGGGGACCUUUUCUUGUUAGUUCUGCUGUAGCUUUUUGUUAAUCUUACUCCAAUCGUCUCUUAGCCGCACUCUAGCUCUAUUCUAGCCCUUUAUUAACAAUUCUAACCUCUAGCCUUGCUAUAGUCUUCUCUUAUCUAUACUCUAGCCUUACCUCAGCCCUACCAUUUUUCUACUCUGGUCUUAUCUAAGCCCCAUUCUACUCUUGUUCUAACGCUGCUCUAGCCUUUCUCUAUCUUAAUCUAAAUCUACUCUAGCAACAGAUUAGUCUUAUUAUCGUAUCAUUUUAGCUUAUUUAUAGUUUUAUCCUAAUGUAUCUUAUAUUAGUUAACUAUGUCUUCACUUUUCUAGCCAUCUACUGACUUAAAAAUUUUAAAAACAGCUUUUUAAUUUCAGCAAGCAGCACUAAUCAUUGGUGUUCUCGACAUUUGGUACUCAUUUUAUCUAUUGUUUAUGAUAAUUAUUGGCCGAACCUACUUGUUCUAUGCUGAAUUUGCAUUUAACUUUUUUAUCGCGUUACUUUUGGUAGUAGGAAAUAAGACAAAUCGACCGGAUUUUUAUAAAUUGUGGCUUUACUGGAAAGUAAGUACUACUUUUUUAUUAACAUACGAUGCAUUAAAGUACUUAUCAAUUAAAAUUUUUGCCUUUUUUUGCUCAAAAUAACAUUUUAGGUAAUAGUACUACUAACCAGAGUACUAUGUUCAACAUACUUGAUAUUAACCACAGCAGAAGUAAUGACUAAAAUACAAAUAAUGGAAGACUAUACUCGAAUCACGACAUUAAAACAAGUACUGGAUGAAAAGUCGGCCAAUUCUUUCGUAUUGUUACCUACAUUAACAAUCAUAUUGAUAGAAUGUCAUUUCUGGCAGAUCGUUUACUAUGCUAAAAACUAUCUUAUCGACCGGUUUUAUAUGGAAAUGAUAAAAGAAAAAAGAGCUUUGCAGUACCAAUCAGCCGACAAUACACAAUCAUAUCUCGUAAUAAAGGAAGAGGACGAGCCGGAAGACACACGGAGUAGAGUCAAUAGUGUUUAA